AUGGGCCACGCCCUCGCCAGCGGGCGGGCCCCGCCAGCGGCGGCGUGCGGCGUGCGGCAGCAGUGGCGGCAGCGCGUGCGCCCCGAGCGCGCGCGCGGACUCGCGGCGGCCUCCGCACUGCCGGCGCCUCGGCCGCCGGAGUCGGCCGCCGCGGCGCGCGGGACGGUCGACGCUCGGAGGCCGGCGCCGGUCACCGCCGAGCGGGUGCUGACCGACACGGUGGCCCGGGCGGAGUCGCUGGAAGAGCUGCACGCGGCCCUGUGGCGCCACGGCGAGGCGCUGAGCCUGCGGGGGUGCACUUCCGCCCUGUGCAGCCUGGCGAGGCUGGCGACGAGGGGGAAGCUGCCGACGACCCGCGGCGGCGGCCCCUCGCGCGCCUUCGGCUCCGCGCAGCCGGCCGAGGUCGUCCCUGCGGCCGCGGGGCAGGGCGCCGAAGGAGCUCGCAGCACUGCCGGCGCCCGCGGCGCCGCGGCCGAGGUGGCGCUGGCGGCCCGCCUUGCGCCGCUGGUGGCCGACGGGCGUGAGCCGCUGGCUGCAAGGACGGUCGCGAGCUUGCUCUGGGCGCUCGCCAAGCUGGCUCAGCGGCCUCCCUUCGACGGGCUGGCGUUGCCGCUGUGCCGCCGCGCGGCCAGGGAGCUCCCGCCGCUGAGCGGGCGCGAUGCUGCCCAGGUGCUCUGGGCUGCAGCCGUGAUGGAUCUCGGUAACUCGACGAACGGCAUCGUCGACCUCGCGGCGAGCGUGCUCCAGGGCCAGGCCGGCAAGGGCGAGCUCGGCCACCGCGACCUGGCGCAGUCGUUGUGGGCCGCGGCACACCUGCAGGAGAGCGGGGUACCAGGCAUGCUGCCCCUGGCGCUCGCGCUGGCUCGAGCAGCGCAUGGCUGCUCGGGCGAGCAGCUCCUUGCAGAGCUGACGAGCAGCGCCGCACUGUCGCUUCCGACCAUGACUCCCGUCAUGGUCUCCAACUGCGCGUGGGGCGCGGCGCGAGCGGGAGUGCCGGCGGGGCCCUUCUACGAUGCGGUGGCAGCAGCGGCUUCGCGCCAUUUGCGGCAGGGUAACCCAGCUCUGACCGAUCAGCAUGUUUGCAACAUCGUCUGGGCAUUCACGAAGGUGUCGGCACAGAGUCCAAUGGUCUUGGAGCACAUGCUCGUGGUCGGGGAGGAGUGCUGCAGGCGGGGCCAGUUGGCCCGCAUGGAGAGCCACCACGUGGCGGGCGUGGCCUGGGGUCUCACCAAGGCGUUUGCGCCAGAGCAUCUGCCCUCGGAGAGUUCGGGUGCCGUGCUCCCGGAGCCUGUCCGCAGGCUCGUAGCGGACGCCGCGGGCGCGGCGCUGCUGGGGGUGCAGAGGUUCGGGGCAGAUCUGGCCUGGGUCGUCUGGUCCGUGGCUCGCGCCACGCUGCGGGACCAGGCCGUGGCGCUCUUCUCGCCGGUCGUGGAACGGCUGGCCGCGAUGCCGCCCGGGCAGGUCGGCAUCCAAGAUUUCACAAUGCUGUCGUGGGCCCUGGCCACCGCCGACAUGUCGCGCCACCACCUGCCGGCAGCCUCCUUCGACGUGCUCACCACUGAAGUGCUGCGUGGUCUGCGAGGUGGCCAGCCGGGUGCGGACCGCAGCUCUUUCCUGGCGGUGAUGGCGUGGGCGUGCGCGCGGGCAGACCUCCGUGGCGCUGCGGUCGGCAUCGUGGAGGCGGCGGCCGCGGCAGGGGCUCGGGCCCUCGCCAGCAGGGACAGCACGUGGAGCCUGAGGCACCUGACGAUGGUGGCGUGGGCCGCGGUGGUGCAGGGCCAGCAGCGAGGGGCGUCCGCGCGCUUCGUCUUCGACGCGUACGUCUACGCCGCGGGGCGCCUCGGGCUGGGCCCCGGCGGCGGCGGCGUGGAUAACCCGACGGAGCACGUCGGCCAGCUGGCCCUCAUCGGCGCCGCGCUGCGCUGCGAGCCCGAGUACGCCUCCGCCUGCGAGGGCGUGCGGCUGCCUCGGGUGGCGCGGCGGCUACACGUGACUGAGUCGGACUUCCAGCGCGAGGUGGAGGAGUCGCUGCGGGGCGUGCUCGCGCGGGUCGGCGGCAGCUCCCACCUGCAGGUGGAGGCGGUGGCGCCGGGCGGGAUCUCGAUGGAUCUGGCGCUCGGUCGCCGCGAGCACCUCCUCGGCGCGCCCCGCAUCCUCGAGAGAGGAGCCGCGGACGUAGCCGUCAGGCGAGGGCCAGCCCGCCUUGGCCAUGUCGAUGCCCAGUCCGCGCGCCAGCCUGCCCACCCAGUUGCGCGCACUGCCGCCCACAAGGAGAGCGAGCUGCUUCGCGCAGGCGGGAACCAGCACCCUGCCGCCCGCAGCCACAGGCGCAAACUUGCGAGGGAAGUCUUGGACGCGAUGAUCGAGCAAUGUCAAGACUCCAACGUUCUUGCUGGUGGGCUCUUCUGCGAGCGUGCCAAAUGCAACGUGCGGCUGAAGGACUGGCGGGCCGUGAUCAAGGACGUGGGGAACGCCACCUACCGCAAUCACGAGCUGGUGCAGCCGUGCCCUCGUCGAGGGGAAGCUUCAAGCCCGAAGAGCCCCCGAGGAACUCCAGGAGCCCUCGAGAGCCUCCAGGACGCCGUGAAGGAGCUGGAAAGCUUGUUCUCUUGGCACAGGGACCAGGCUACGCAUGACAAGCUGCAGGAAGCUAAGUUCUUGCUCAGGAAGCACCGGCGGCCGAACUUCUACGACCUCCUCGGCUGCCCCUCGGUGGCGUCGCACCUGGAGAUCAAGAAGGCCUACAGGGAGCGCGCCGCCGAGUGGCACCCCGACAAGAAGGGCCACCUCGACGACGCCGGCAAGAAAAACGCCGAGGAGAUGUUCAAGCGCAUCGGAGAGGCAUACGAGAUCCUCACCGAUCCGCAGAAGAAAGAGCUAUACGACAAAGGCUACGACCUCGAAGGCAUCGAUGAACAGAUCCAGAUCAAGAAGCAGCGCACGGGCAUGGGCGGAUGCUGCGGCAUGCCCCACAGGCACUGA